AUGGGCAAACCAAAAGAUGUAGUCGUUAUUGUUGGGACCACAGGGGUUGGCAAGUCUCAAUUCUCAAUUGAGCUUGCAAAGAGGUUUAACGGUGAGGUUAUCAAUGCAGACUCGAUGCAAAUGUAUAAAGGUGCCCCAAUCAUCACCAAUAAACAUCCUUUGGAGGAGAGGGAAGGCGUUGUGCACCAUGUGAUGAACCAUGUUGGAUGGGACGAGGAAUAUUUCAUACACAGGUUUUCUCAAGAAGCUGGUGAGGCCAUUGAUGAUAUUCAUAGUAGAGGCAAACUACCCAUCGUUGUCGGUGGCACGCAUUAUUACUUGAAGGCACUUCUAUUCAACAACAAGACAAUACCUCGCGAUACAACAGAGGCUGAAAACGUCUCUUCAAAAUUGACAAAGGAACAGCUAGACAUUCUCGAUGGACCACCAGAGGGUGUACUGCAACAAUUACAGAGAUAUGACCCACUAGUAGCCCAGAAGUUUCAUCCUAAUGAUACACGUCGCAUUAGAAGGGCUCUCGAGAUUUACUUCUCAACAAAGAAGAGUGCAUCUGAACACUAUAGCGAACAGAAGCAGUCUGCACAUUCUGAAUCGUCCUUGGACUAUAACAUCUUACCCUUUUGGCUCUUCUCUGAAAAGACAAUACUUGAUAAGAGAUUGGACGACCGUGUCGAUAAGAUGCUGAGAGACGGAGGAAUGCAGGAGAUUAGAGAGCUCUACGAAUACUACUCAACACACGAACCAAAACCUGAUUUAGAGAGAGGUGUAUGGCAAGUCAUUGGCUUCAAGGAGUUCCUACCUUGGUUAGAAAAUGGCCAAACAGACGAUAAACUAUUAAGGGAAUGCACUGAACAAAUGAAGGCACGUACGAGACAGUACGCCAAAAAACAAGUAAAAUGGAUAAAGGGUAUGUUUGCAUCAGAUCUUCAGCAAGAGGAGGAACAUGGAUAUGAAAACGGAGGAAGGCUAUAUGUUCUGGAUGCCACAGACCUGUCACACUGGAACGAGAACGUAUUUGAGAGAGGAGCAUCUAUCACCGAAGAGUUUCUCCAAGAUAAGGUGCCCACAAUGAGCCAGGUCCCCAAGUCUUUACCGUUUGAUAUUAUUCCCAAUAAGGGACAGCAGGAAGCAAAGGACAAGCUGAAAGAAUGGAAGCACAUCACUUGUGAAGUAUGUCAUAACAGUGAUGAUUCACCUUUAGUCAUUGUUGGUGAUAAACAAUUUGAAAUACACCUCAAGAGUAAAAGACAUAGAUCCAACUUAAACAGGGGCAAACGUAAAAGAGAAUACGAAGAAUGGCUUGCAAAGAAAGAUAAGACAACUACAUCACAAUAA